UUACAUUUGUUAUCAAUACAAUAUAUAGAUAUGACAUUCCUUCUUGGGUCGGACAUGGGGCUGCCACAUGCUUAUAUUCUUGUCGUAACAGGUUUAGCGACCGCGACAGCCUAUGUAUCGGAGAGUGAGCUUUCUCAGUUCAUGACCAACCUCUGGAACCAAGAUGACAACCGAGCGAGUUCUCAUUACGUCAGAUACGACCUCCAAGGUCAUUCUCAUACAGGGCAUUCGGGGGUCGAUAACGCCCCAAAUAAGUUUUUUGAUUACGUAAACGAGGCUCACUUGUUCCAUAAACCGACCUAUUCUACGUUCAUAUCCCUGCUGAAUAACUACCAUUACAUGACUGGGACCAGCGAAUACCAGACGUCAUCAGAGGAUACUGAAGUCACGAGUUUUCUCUCUCAAAUCUCGCAGACGAAUGUCAUCAAGCUAACACAACAGUUCUUGCAUUCUAAAGGGUAUAUCACAGGAUCUAUGUCGGAUUUCUUGACCACUCUAAGAAAAAUCUGGUUUGAUUUUUACCCACGUUCCUCUCAUACUACUCACUUGGACACAAGUGGGUUCGAACACGUAUUUGUUGGUGAAACCACUAGUACAAAAGUAGACGGUUUCCACAACUGGAUUCAAUAUUAUCUGGAAGAAAAACGAGGAAAUCUCAACUAUCUCGGUUUUGUGUAUACGAAACAGCCCAGUAUUGUGGGGACCCACUUCCUAUGGCACAACAAAAUUAAGAGCCUGAGUUCAUUCAUCGUUGGCUCUAGCCCAGAGUUUGACCUCGCUAUGUACACCGCCUGCUUUUUCGCGCGCCGAGACGUUGAUUGCAGAUUUUCAAUGGCAGGACACAACAUGGACAUCAAAAGCUACACUGUCCCGUUUGGUACCUACCAUGAUCUUGUAGCCACGGCGUAUAUUAAUUAAUUUAUUCACUAUCUUUUUAAAAAAUGUUUUAUUAACCCUGUGUUGCAUCUUUACUUUGGUUAAAAUAAAAAUUGGUGUAUGUGUA